CGGCUUGCCCGCAGCAAAGUGAUGAGAACACGCCAAACAAGGUACAAUGAGAGAACGUUGAGUUUACAUUUCGCCUGCACCCCCUUUGAACCGAGUGAUGCCCAAAUCUGGGAAGUAGCGCAAUGGCUGUCGAAGUUGAGGUUUUGCACGUCCCCGGACAUUAGAGGUGAGGUGAGGGGGACAGUGCGCGUCAGUGUGGGCAGCAGCAGACACUCAUGAUGCUCGGCCAGUCUCCUCAUCUUAUCGGAGGCAUCCUGUGGAUCCAGAAUCCAAUGAGAGCUGUUCACUGUAACCUGAGCCAAAAUGGCAUUGACCACCAGAUGUGCCCGGAGGACGUGACGUCACAGCUGGAUGAGGAGGAGGUGGAUGCAGGGGCUGUGCUGCUGGACGAUAGCAGCCCCACCUACCAGGACAUCAGCCCCCCCAUGUACCAGCGCCGCUCCCCGCCACACCGCUCUGUGUCCGAGUCGGAACUAACCCGGCCUGGAUAUGUGAAGCUGUCCAAACCCGUAGCCCUGUGGACUCAACAGGAUGUCUGCAAAUGGCUGAAGAAACACUGUCCUAAUCAACACCAGAUCUACAGCGACUCCUUCAAACAACAUGACAUCACAGGGCGGGCUCUGAUGAGACUGACAGACAGAAAGCUGGAAAGAAUGGGCAUCAUACAAGAAGCUCAGAGGCAGCACAUUCUGCAGCAAGUAUUGCAGCUUCGUGUCCGGGAGGAGGUCAGGACCCUUCAGCUUCUUACACAAGCUUCUCUGGAGUGCACACCGUCUUCACCGUAGCCUGAGUCGUCACAAAUGGACGUAGAUGUCGACCUGCCUUGUCACUCUCCAUCAAGACCCGCCCUCCUUUGUAUGUGAUCUCCAGACUUCUUCCUGAUCCGAUCGAAGCUCUCGGCGUCACACUUUCAGUGUCUGGUCUUGAUUUCUCCAAAAAGACACAAUCUGGGAAAAAAAAAAA